GUCGUCGUGGUGACAGAGCGCGCCUCCGCCCCCCCCCCCCCCGGACUGGAACCACCGCGACACCGCCCGGCAAGGGGGCUUUCAGCAUUCGCAUUAUUAUUAUUAAUAUUAUCAGACCACACGUGUUCAAACAACAACAGCAGCAGGCACAGUCGCGGCUUACAUGACUGGGAAAAACGCAUCAUCAUCAUCAUCAUCAUCAUCAUCAUCGGAGGAGCAACACACCGGAGUUUCGGCCUAAUCAGAAAUAAUCCAGAAGAAGAAGAAGAAGCAGCAGUGCUCUAUGUAGUGAAGGUGCCAGGAAACGACUACAUUGUCCCCGGAGGACAGUUGUGAUACAAUGGGGUAUUAAAGAUCCCGUCGAGCAGUUGGAAGUGAUUCACUUAGAGGCACAUUUCAAGGAUUUUUGUCUUUCUUUUUCAUCUGGAUGACAGAGGCAGGUGUGCGCCUGAUCAUCCCCACGCUGGAUACAUAUGUGACAUGGGAAUAUGAAUAUCCUGCCCUAACUCCCCUGACAGAUUGAAGAUUGCUUGUGUGGCCGCGAGAUCGACAGCAGCCAUGCACAGUCCCGCACAUGAUAUCAUGGCAGGCUACCCAGGUGGGUGUGUGGCGGAUAAGGAUGCAAAUCCGGAGACGACCUUGGGGAGCGCCUACUCCCCCGUGGACUACAUGAGCAUCACCAGCUUCCCCAGGCUGCCAGAGGACGAUGGGAUGUCCGCGGAAAACGCCCUGAAAUCUCGCAGGGAGGAUGACAAUGCGCUGAGUGAGCAAGAUACGGACCCGGAUCUGUUUCUGAAGUCGGCUCGCCUCCAGCGUCUCCCUUCCUCGGCCUCGGACCUGGUCAGCCAUGACGUAUCCCUACAGGAGACCAGCAGCGACCCCUUCACAGAAGACUGUGCGUGCCAGCGAGACGGACUGACUGUCAUCAUCACGGCAUGUCUCACCUUCGCCACGGGAGUCACUGUCGCUCUCAUCAUGCAGAUCUACUUCGGAGACUCACUGGUCUUUAACCAAGGAGCCGUGGUCACAGAUGUGGCCCAGUGCACAUCUCUUGGCUUCGAUGUUCUGGGCAAGCAGGGGUCCAGUGUCGAUGCUGCCAUCGCUGCUGCCCUCUGUUUGGGAAUUGUCCAUCCUCACACUUCUGGUAUAGGAGGUGGGGGAGUUAUGUUGGUGCACGACAUCCGUAAGAAUGAGACGAGGGUCAUCGACUUCAGGGAGACGGCGCCAACUGCCAUCCACGAGGAGAUGAUGCUGUCAAACCUUGAUCAUUAUCCUGGCCUGCUGGUGGGUGUACCAGGCAUGCUCAGUGGGAUGCACCAGGCACACCAGCUCUAUGGCAGGAUGUCGUGGAAUGAAGUGGUUACCAUGGCAGCAGAUGUGGCCAGAAAUGGAUUUAACGUUACCUACGACUUAGCUGAAGCUCUGGCUGAAGUCAAGAAGCAAAACGUCUCGGAUGCAUUUCGGGCGUUGUUCCUCCCCAACGACCAGGUGCCCCUCUCUGGAUUGCUUACCAGACGUCUUGAUUUGGCAGCCAUAUUGGAUGCUGUUGCAGCUAAGGGGAUAUCCGAGUUCUACAGUGGUAACCUGACGCAGGAGAUGGUGACUGCAGUGCAAGCAAAAGGGGGAGUGCUCACAGAGGAUGACUUUGGAAACUACAGCACAGUCCUACAGCAGCCAGCAGAGAUCAUCUAUCAGGGGCAUCACGUGAUGGCGGCCCCAGCCCCACACGCAGGCGUGGCCCUGAUCACUGCUCUCAACAUCCUGGAAGGCUACAACAUCACCAGCCAGGUUCCCAGGAACAGCACCUACCACUGGAUUGCAGAGUCGGUGAAGAUAGCUUUGGCCAUGGCUAGCGAGCUGGGAGACCCCAUGUAUGACACAUCCGUCUCCGAGAUUGUCACCAACAUGCAAAGCAAAUCACAGGCCUCCAUUCUCCGCCAAAUGAUCAGUGACUCUCAGGCAUUCCCCGCCAGCCAUUACACUCAGUCGUUUACCUUGGAGGAGGGAGCAGCAGCAGCCCAGGUCAUGGUCAUGGGUCCAGACGACUACAUUGUGUCAUUCAUGAGCUCUCUGAACAAACCAUUUGGAAGCGGGAUACUGACUCCCUCAGGAAUCCUUUUGAACAGCCAGAUCCUGGACUUCUCCUGGCCUAAUAAAACACAGAGCUCAUCACCCAACCCACACAACAACCUCCAGCCUGGGAAGAGGCCCAUGUCCUUUCUGAUGCCCACAGCAGUGAGGCCAGCCGUGGGGUUGUGUGGAACAUACGUGGCCGUUGGAUCUUCCAACGGAGAGAAAGCUCUCAGUGGCAUUACACAGGUGCUGAUGAAUGUAUUGUCUUCACGUAAAAACAUGAGUGACAGUUUGGCGUAUGGGAGGCUCCACCCACAGCUGCAGCCCAACACUCUCCUGGUCGACUCUGAGUUUCUAGAUGAAGAUGUGGCGCAGCUGCAGGCCAAAGGUCACAUAGUUGAGAGGAUUGAUGUUCUCUCAUUGGUGGAGGGCACCCGGAGAACCAAUGACCUCAUCAUUGGGGUGAAGGACCCCCGCAGCGCUGAUGCCUCCGCCCUCACUAUGUCCAACAUGCCCUAGUGUACUUUCUUAUAAAAAAAGAGGGGGUAAAAGUAGCACGGCAGUGGCAGUCAAUGAGUAAUUAGGCUGCUGAUCAACCAGUUCACUGAACAGAAUUUAACAGCAAAAAGCUGGGGAAAAAAAAUUCAACAAAAGACAUACAUCUUUCUCUGAGAUUACUUUGUAGGAAACUAAUAGGGAUCCACUGAUUUAAUUUGUUUUGCCAGCACAGAAAAUUAAAAAGAGCAAAAUUCCACAUAUCAAAGUUGGUAUUGCCCUCGCUCACAGUCUCAACUAACGUGCAGUCCCAGUGUUGAUAGUGUAGAAUAUGUGUCAAUCCCCUUAAUAUCACACCGAAGUUUGCAGCCUACGUUAUGCAGUGCAGGGUGUAGACAUAGAAGGCAUGUUCAUAAAUGAAUCUUUGAUGAAUUCCAUUUCCACUUAUUGAAAGCAAUAACUUAAAAGAGGUGUAGGGUGGAUUUACUUAGUGGUUUAAAGAAAAAGAAGAUAGAAAAGUGUGAAGGCUUUUAAAGCUAUUUUAACAGUUUGCAUUCUGCAUUUCUAAUCAGCACUGCGGAUGUAAAUUAAUGGUGAACAAAUGGAUUCUCUAUAAUAUUGAGCAGAAGUGGGAAAAAGUAAUGAUGCCACACCAGGAAGCCUCCAUUCACAGCACUUGCAUGGUCCUCUAUUUUAACUACUGAUCAAGCACCCUGCAGUGUCACACCUCAACUAGGCGAUUUCCAACUGCACGGCGAGGCUCAACCAUUUACUCUCCUGCUUUUUAUCUGGCGUGCAACUGUGAUUAGAUGUUGUUUGGUACAGCUGCUGGAGUUUUUACUGUUGCGAAUAAGCAAAUGGCUCAUCGGACCAUCUUUAAAGAACACUUUCGCUUCAGUUAAACAGGUGUUAAAUGUCGCUCAUCAUAGAGAAAACUGUAUUUAAUUAUAUAAUUUUAAAAAUUGCAAUUGUUGUAUAUUUUUCCUCAUUUAAAGAUUGUGGCAUUGAGCUUUAGAGCAGGGAUACUUGUUCUUAAAAUGGAUUGAAUGUAAUCUGCCUUUUAUUUUUAAUAUGAACAUUUAUUGGGCUGUAAAGAUUAUUUCUACCGGUGUAACACAAAGCAUUCCAUCAGCAGACUCUAGAAAAGGCUGUCAAGUUUACUUUUUAAAACAUUUUUGUGUACUGGUGUAAUUAUUUUAGGUAUCAUAUUUGAAGUAAGAGCCAACCACUCUGUCAAGCAUUGCAUUCUAAAAGUUGUUUGACUUAAUUCCAGAAUGGACAAUGCGGACUAAUCAAACAUUUGCUCAACAUUUUGUCUCUGUUGUUCGGUACCAGUGUCAUAUGACUGUUGAUGUCUGUUUAUUGUAGAGUACCACGCCUUAAGGCAAACAUUUGCACAACACCUGAUGUUUUAAUUUCAUGUGUAUUUCUAUCUGAUUUUAAUAAAAAUCAGCACCGUCCAAACCUAAGAAAUAAAAUGUUUUCCCACAUCCUUA